GGCAGAGUUUUUUUUUUCUUUUCUUUUUUUCUCUCUUCUGUCGACGGUGCAGGCAGAGGGCAGCAGGCUGGGUGCAUCUCCUCCUGACUGGAUCACAGGACCAGCAGCAUCAUCAUCCUUCAGCAUCCUCCUCCUCCCAGACAAGGACAAACCUCUCCACAAGCGCACAGGACAAUCUUUUUUCGCUCUCUCUCGCCCCCAUUUUCACUAAGAAAACAGGCAAAAUCGUAUCGAAAGCUGCAAGAUGCUGGCCUGUACGGAGCUCAUCACCAUGUGUCUUCAGUCUGCCAAACACGAACACUUGAGAAAGCAGCAGGAGCUCGACCACAACCAGAACCAAGGCGUCUCAAUCUUCCAGGACAUCUUCCGCCGGGCAGACAAAAAUGAUGACGGGAAGCUGUCCCUGGAGGAGUUCCAGUCGUACUUCACCGACGGCAUCCUCACCGACGAGCAGAUGCAGGAGCUGUACCGCUCCAUCGACAGGCAGCAGACAGACAACCUGGACAUCGACAAACUCUCAGAGUACUUCACUCCUCAUCUGGGAGAGUACGUUAACGUCCUUUCUGCUCUGGAGAAGCUGAACGUGGCCAUUCUGAAGGCCAUGGAUAAGACUAAAGAGGAGUACCAGGGCUCAUCGGUGCUGGGGCAGUUUGUGACGCGCUUCCUGCUGAGGGAAACCUCCACCCAGCUGCAGUCCCUCCAGACGUCCCUGGACUGCGCCAUGGAGGCCGUCCACGACCACGGCUGCACGGGGAGGAGGACGCUGAAGAAGCCCGAGGACCUGCCCAUCCAGAGGAUGCCCAAACGGCCCAGCCGACGCAUCCAGAAGAACAUGUGUCUCUCCCCCACCGACCCCUACUCUGGCAUGCUCACCACAGGGGUCAGUGUGGAACCAGACAACCACUGGGGCUCCCAGAUCAACCAACUGGAGGAACUCAUAGACAAACUGGAGUGUGAGAGUCCACAUCUCGAACCUCUCAAAGAAGACACAUUGGCAGGGACGUAUAAAUCGAACAUCCUUCUGGUCCAGAGACAAAUGUCGGUGAAGGAGAGAGAUGUGGAGCAGUUUCAACAAGCUCUCAAAAUCUACACAGAUGCCACCACCAGCCAGAUAGACAACCUGCACGUUUCUGUCCAGAACCUGCCAGACAGAUCAUGCUUCAUCAUGUAUGAGUUUUGGCAGGACCGUCUCUCCUGGAUGAGCUACCUGCAGUCGUCCAUCAGUAAGACCUUCCAGCGCUGCAUUAUCGACUCCCUGGAACAGCCGGAAAUGGUCUCCACCAUGCUGCUGCCAGCCUCUUGGUGGAUUAUGAACAACAACUGACAGAACAACGCUGCUGCUCCUCAACACAGCGAAAGCAGGAGAAGAAGGCGACUGUAUAAUCGCUUUUUUGUUCUUUGAUAUUACCCUUUUUCCUCAUGGCAUGACCAGGAUUGUUUUUGCAAAUAUGCUCCACGGGGGUUAUAAAAAGAGAGAGAGAAUAAUUUUCAGAUGAAUCGGUGAAAAAAACAAAACCUUGGAUAGAAAGGUGAUGCAGUGUCAUAAGGUGAGAAAAGGAUGACGGCAUCGGCACAUUUCUUGCUUCUGAUUUCAUAGAAACACAAGAAAUAAUGAUUUAAAAAAGAUUUGCAUGAUUUCUUAUUUCUCAAUGCUCGUUUGUUUCACUCAAAGCUCCAUCUUAGAGUAGAUACGAUGUCAGCAACGCCACAGCACUAGAAACACACGAAAACCAACCGAUCUGCCCAUUCGUCACCUAUUCUUCCAUACGGAUGACAACAGAAAUAGCGGUAACCUUUCCUCUUGUUCUCUCUGUGGUAUUGUGCUUUGUUGUGUCCUUCAGAGCUUAUUUUGCUGAUUGGUUAGACAGUCAUUAGGUAGAAUGUAGUUAAGAAACUGCUCAUCUACUCUUUUACCAUCCGUGUCACUCCUGCACUUUAGAAAAAAUAUGAAACAUGGACCUUAUUGUGAAGAAUGGACAUUUAUUUAUUAUAGAUUAGCUGUUGAAAAAUGUAGAACUAACUGCUGUUAUUAAAAAGCCAAGAGCUGCACUCGAGGUGUGGCGAGACUCUAGCGGAUGAUAAUUUACCAAAUGAUCGUGCAGUUCGCCUGUACUGUUGAUCUAGAUAUUAAAACUCAAAAGCCAUUAUUUUACAGCGUGCAAUCAGAAGAGAUUAACAGCACAGUACACACAAAUAGAAGUUUAUAUAUUUUGAGUACAGAGAAUUAAGCAGGAUCUGUUCUGUGUAUCGACGUUAGAGAGAACACGUGUUAGGAUCGUGUACACUAUUUACUGAGAGCUAUAGGGUGUAAGUAAUCGUCGUAGAACACUGGUACAUGUACAGUAUGAUGCUAUAUUGAAUUCUACUCCAAUCAUGUGAGGAAUGAAUGUGUUCACCCUUUUGUUUGAAGUGUUUAUCGUUUCUUUUAUGUAGAAAAUACAGUUGUAUGUGGAUGCUAUAUUCGUUUCUUGGCAUGAAUAAAAGUUUGACAUGUUGAUGACAUGAAAAAAGCG